AUGUCACCUGCCGUCACGCGGUCUACAGCAGCAACCGCAAAAACCGCGCCUCCGUCCACUGCUGUCAGCACCAGCACUUCAUUAGAUUCAGCUUCACCAACUGCCACGGGUACCGACGACGAUCGUCGUUCUUCAACCGCCUCGAUUGCGCGCGAGCCAUUCGUGCCCAAACGUAAACCCACCAAGCCUGCGCCGUACGCCUACCUUGUUGCCGAAGCGAGUGCCAGCGCCGACUCUUUGCCGAAUAUCGUCUCGCCUGUCCUUGACGAAAAGGACUUUGUCGUCAAUACUCGUCCAGCUUCGGCACUGGACACACCUCUGCGCUCCUCGCCACUUGCAGCAGCGCAACUCUCAAAAACUAGGACUGGACGUCAUCUUUCACCCAUCGAAGCGGCCCAACGCACCGCACCUCGCGCGGCCCGUUCCACCGAUCGAAACCUCGGCUUGCUCUCUGUCGAUACUACCACAUACAGUGCGCCUUCUUCCGCUGUGACAACACCAGUGCUCAAGACUCGAUCUGCGUUCAUCACACCAGCGCCUCAAGCUAGAGAACCGCAGCUGCAGACAAGACCUCGGUCACAUACCCCUACCGCCAUGGCAGCUCGCGCAGUAGCAGCUCCUGCCCCCACUCCCGCAGCACCACCUGCAACCCCCAAGAUUAAGGCAGCCCUCUCAGCUGACGUAGCAGCUCGCAUUCGAUCGCCCAAAAAGCAUGCUUCCACUUCGGCGUUGAGAGGCACCGCCAACCAGGCUGCGUCCCUCGGAGCAGGCAUGCGAUCAGCUCAUCCUUUACAACAGUCGAGCAAGCACGUCGAAAAGGCCAUGGAGGCGUAUGCACAUUCGUCGUCCACCUGGCAGCAUCACGCGGAAAGCAGCAAAGAUGAGGCGGAGGUCCAUGGUGACAGCUCGUUUGUCUAUGAUGCUGAUGCGGACGGAGCGCAGGUUCGAGCGGAAGCAAAUGGGCACGAAACGGUGCAGGUGCAUGUCCGACUGCGACCUCCCAAGCGAGGCGAGGAGUGCGCAUGGGUGGCCAAUCCGUAUUCUGGGACUGUCGCGUUGGAAGCUGCUAUCGCCAGCGGGCGUACGCAAAGUGCCAAUCUCGGACCGUUUACAUUCGACGGCAUCCAAACGGGCUCGGCCAACAGACCUGUCUAUAUUGCUGUUGCUCGUCCGCUCGUACGCGCUGCACUUGAUGGCUACGAUGCCGUCGUCUUUGCCUACGGUCAAACCGCGUCCGGUAAAACGUUCACGCUGUCCGGCGACGAAAAGGGACAAGAGGCGGGUAUCAUCCCUCGCGCAGUUCGCGACAUCUUCCGGGGUAUCAAGCAGAGCUCUGCACGCCGCGAGUAUCUUUUACGCGCCAGCUACCUCGAAAUCUGGAACGAGGUGGUCAAGGAUCUUCUCGAGCCCAGCAACGUGCCGCAGGUGCGAGAUGACAAGCGUCGAAGAGGUGGCAAAGGGACCACCGUUCAACCGCUGCGGGAAGAGAUUGUGACGAGUCCUGAACAGGUUCGGGAGUUGCUGGCCCGAGGACAGACCAACCGGCACGUGGGAGCGACGGACUGGAACGAGCGAAGCAGUCGAUCGCAUACCUGUUUCAAGAUCACCAUUGAGUCCUGGGAGCGCAGUGAGCAAGACCAUUCCGCGGGCACAGCCGAGACGAGGCUGGGCAAGAAAGUGACUGUCUCGGAGCUGUGCCUAAUCGAUCUCGCCGGCAGCGAAAAGUACGUGUCUCAGGGAUCGGAUCGACGUGCCGAGGGUGCGCACAUCAACAAGUCGCUCCUGACUCUGGGCAAGGUCAUCUAUGCGCUGUCCGAGAAGUCGUCUCCUACCACCGCCAAUACUGCCGGGGCGCACAUUCCGUACCGCGACUCGAAGCUCACGCGAAUCCUGCAGAACUCGCUGUCUGGCAACGCGCGCGUGGCGGUGGUGUGCACGAUCAACCCGAAUCCGUCGGCGGUGGACGAGUCGCUGUCAACGCUCAAUUUUGCUAAGCGGAUCAAGAAAGUGGGGCUGAAUGCGAGGAGGAACGAAGUGGACAGCUCGCUGGCGGGUGGGAUCGGUGCCGAGGCUCAGGCACUUAUCUUGCGAUAUCAGACCGAGGCGGAUGCGUUGCGCAAGAUGGUGGACGAGCUGCAGCGGAAUGGGGCACGGCACAGCCAGGAGCAGGUCGAAGUGGUCGAGGUGGAAGAUGAGAGGAUCCGCGAGUUGCAAGAGAGGUUGGAUGUGAUUGGGUCGUUGGUGGUUCGCGGUGGGCGUACGAACGAGGUUGAUGCGAUGCAAGGCUCCGAGAACGAAGAAGACCAGCUGCAAGCGUCACGAACACCGUCCCACAGCAGUACGAGCACCACCGGAUUCACCUCCACUUCGACGCCAUCCACCUCCCGAUCAGCCUCCCAAUCCUCCACCAUCAACACUGCCGCAGCCAGCUUUGCGCGCCCCGUGUCGCCCAUCAAGCGCUCGCACAACUUUGGCUUCGACGACCCUCCCCAUCUGCUUGCCGAGAAACUCUUCCUCGCGAACCGCAAGAUCGAGACGCUGACGCGCAAACUCGCCUCCCGCCCUUCGCUUCCCGCCACGCCGGCCGCACAGGUGCAGCUCAUCUCGACGCUGCAGCAGCAGGUGCGCGAGCUGGAAGCGGUGUGCGAAGCGCAGGCCACCGAUGCGCCGCCCAAGAUCCGCGAAGACGUCGAGCGCGAGUUUGCGGCCAAGCUGGACGAGAUGCGGCGCAAAGUUGAGGAGAAGGAUCUGUUCAUCCAAGAGCUUCAGUUGGAGGGCGAAAGGCUGCGGCGGGCGAACGACAAGCUGAUGGAGCUGGCGCAUCGACAGACGCAGGAUAUGGUGGAGAAUCUGUCGUCGCCCGUUUCGCGCAAGACGGGGAGCACUUCGCCGCUGAAGCUGUCGGAUGCUGCGAACGGUGUAAACAGGCUGAAGGGCGGGGUGCAGGGAAAGAGGGCGAGGCCGAUGAGUCUAUUCAAUCCGACGUUUGCUGAGCUGGGCGGUGCGUUGGGCAGCACCAAAGAGGAGGCUGCGAGCCCGACCAGGGCUGCACACACAGCGGCGGCGGCGGCAAAGCGAAGGUCCAUCAGCAACGACUAUACGCUGCUGCAAUUGGGGACACAGGAGAUGGAGGAGGAGAUUCUGCAAAAGUCGGCCACCAUCCCUUCGAGCGAGACGUUUGCCGUCUUUCCCAGCUGUUCUUGA